AUGUGGCCGUGCCGCGCGCUGCUGGUCGCCGCGCUGCUGCGCCACGUGGUCGGCUCACACCCGGGCGGCGGUCUCCUGACGGCCCUCGGCGGGGGUCACGCCCUCCGGUUCCCGCACCCGGGGGCCCCGUCAGACUCCGAGGAGAUCCAGCAGCUCGGGGACCUCGGAGGAGUCUACGACGGGGACGGACACCAGCAGGGUGCCGCGCUGUGGCGCGGGGAGUCUGGCGGUGCUUCUUCUUCUGAUCCCGAGGAGCAGGACCUGGGGGAGGUGUCCGGGAACGACGUCAGGUCGCCGACGGCGGACGGCGACUACCACCAGAGGGCUCCUGACGACAGCCUGGAAGACCUGGAGUCCCCGGCGGGAGUGAGGAUCCGCCACGGCAAGUCCCGAGGGAGGCUUCGAGCAGGGCCCGAGCCGCCGUCGACGGAGACCUCGGAGGACCAGGAGGAGGAGGCUGGCGGGGGAGGAGGGGGAGGGGCAGGCGUGGACGUGGUGACGCGCUUCCUGCGCAUCGUGGAGUCGCAGCACCUGCUGGGCGACAACUGCACGGCGGGCACGGACCUGCACCUGGGCGAGGGGGUGGUGGACCGCUACGCGCAGGAGCGCUUCCGCCUGGAGGCCGAGGUGGCCGUCAACCGCGCCAACUGGCUCACGCGCCUCUGGAAGUACGCCGAGCCGCGCGUGCUCGCCUCCGAGUACCUGCUGCACGCGUCGCUCUUCUCCGUGGUCGAGUUCGACGACGACAUCUUCGCGGCGGGCAACUGCUACGACCAGGGCCAGUACAAGGGCUACGGCCUGUUCUGCCCGUACGCGCACCGCCUGCCCGAGGGACCCAUCCUAGUCAAGGACCUGGCCGUGGAGUACAAGUACCUGGGCAACUCGUCCGAGUGGUUCUUCAUCGCGCGCAGGAACGCGGAGAACGUCAUCCGCAACCACAGCCAGUUCAGCCGCGGCUACAACACGUACACGCACAACGACUCGGCGCACACGGAGCGGGUGGCCGACGAGAUCCUCAGCGUGAGGUACGAGGACGGCAAGUGGAGCAAGCCCUACUACGACUGCGGCGGCGGCAACAUCUGGAUGCUGACCUACACCGUGCCCUUCUUCGGCUUCCGUGACGGCCAGUACUUCUUCAAGGGCACGAGCGGCAUAGACAUAGACCUGCGGCGGGUGGACAUAGACCAGUGCCCCCUGCCGGUAGGCAGCACGCAGCUCAACAUCUUCGCGGCCUCCGACAAGUGCAAGAAGAGGACCACCGAGUGCGUGCCGCUGCCGGGGCUGGGCUUCCGGCGAGGCAGCUACAAGUGCGUGUGUCGCCGCGGCUUCUACUUCCCCAGCCUGCACGCCUCCAAGCGCUACUACAACGGCUCCGUCAUCGAGGAGGAGUACGAGAAACUCAUGCUGGGCGAGGACAGCGACUACCAGCUGGCCGGCAGCUACGAGUGCCUGCAGUGCGCCGAGGGCUGCGAGACCUGCGCCGACGAUAAGCCGUGCGUGGCCUCGCUCAACUGGGUGGUGCGCACGGCGCUGCUGGUGCUCUCCUGCACCGCCAUCUGCUGCCUGCCCGCCGUCGCCCUCUUCACCUGGCGCUUCGGCGCCGUCAAGGUGGUGCGGGCCGCCAGUCCGGCGCUGCUCCGGGUCGUGGUCCUGGGGGCGUUCCUCCUCUACUGCACGACGAUUGUUAUGUACCCUCAACCCAACGUCUACACUUGCACUCUGAGGAUAUGGCUGAGAGAGAUAGGCUUCUGCCUCACUUACGGAGCGCUGAUGCUUAAGACCUGGAGGAUCUCGGUGAUCUUCCGGGUGCGCUCGGCCAAGGCGGUGCGCAUCACGGACGCGGACCUGCUGAAGCGGCUGGGGGCGGUGGUGGGGGUGUGCGGGGUGCUGCUGCUGGUGCGCACCCUGGUGGCGCCGCCGCGCGUCGUGGUGGGCCGCACCGCCGACGACCUCAAGGCCUACCUCUGCCGCACGGACUGGUGGGACCACGCCUUCACCACGCUCGAGGUGAUGUUCCUGGUGUGGGGGAUACGGCUGUGCAUCGUGGUGCGCAAGGCCCCGUCCGAGUUCAACGAGAGUCGCUUCAUCUCCAUGGCGAUCUACAACGAGUUCCUGCUCUCCGUCUUCCUCAACGUGUCCAUGUUGUUCCUGCAGUCGCCCGCCAACCCCGACCUGCUGUUCAUCAUCUUCUUCUGCCACACGCAGCUCACCGCCACGCCACUGCUGGGCCUCAUCUUCGGCAGCAAGGUGUACGUGGUGCUGAGGGAGCGGAGCAGGCCCGACUCGCGGCCUGCGCCCCCCAGACCCCAGGCCAAGCUCCUGGCGCGGUCCCAGCUGGUGUCCUCGGCCGGGUCCUCGGCGGAGUGCCUGCAGGCCAGCUCCGCCGCCUGCGAGGACAGCAUCCAGGAAGAGUUCCGGCUGCUGUGCCUGCGGCUGGAGGCGCUGAAGGAGAAGUGCGCCCGGGAGGGCGACCCCCUGCUCGCGAGGAAGCUGUCCGCCGUGCACCGCGCCGCCACGGUACCCGGGGAGGGCCUCCCGGGGGACACCGCCCCCCGCGGCGCGGACGUGAACCUGUGCAGGACCAGCACGUGCGACGAGACUUGCAACACGGCGCGCGGCGUCAAGGGACACGCGGCCAACAAGUCUCCGAAACGGACACGCGUUAGGAGCAUGGCGUUUCUCGUGAACCUGGAUGACAAGAAGUGCUUCACGAAAGAGGUGACGGUCUGA